GCCGCCCGGUGCGGGGCGAUCGCGCCGCUUCGCUACAUUGUAUCCGCCGGCGGCGGAGAACAAUAGGCGCCGCCGCCGCCCCCGGGCCUGGGCGCCGCGGCCGCCCCCGCCCCCGCCGCGACCCCCGACACCCUUCAUGCGCUUCCCCUGCCCCGGGCGCGCCGGGCCUGGAACAGGACUGCCACUGUUGAGUCUGUGGGAAUAUGAAUCAGCAGCAGCAGAGAAUGGCUGCAGUUGGGACAGACAAAGAGCUCAGUGACCUGCUGGACUUCAGUAUGAUGUUUCCCUUGCCAGUGGCUAAUGGAAAAAACAGACCCACGACCCUUGCGAGCACUCAGUUUGGAGGAUCAGGCUUGGAUGAAAGGCCGGGAUCAGGUUCCUGGGGAACGGCAGAUCAAAACAGCUCCACGUUUGACCAAGGCAGGCAGAGCUAUGGUGAAGGCCCCCACUACGGCGAGCACCGGGAGCUGCCAUCCCACAACAGCAUCUCCUCGUCCCCGUUCCUGGGAGCUGGACUCGUGGGGAAGAGCAGUGAAAGAGCCUCAUACUCCACGUUUGGAAGAGACACAGGGAUGCCAGGACUAAACCAGCCUGGUUUCCUGCCCAGCGAGAUGGGAAUCGCCAGCCCCAGCACGCUGUCCCCCACCGGGGGCAAAGGGGGGGCUCAGUAUUUUUCUUACCCCAACAAUCCUCGCAGGAGAGGUGCUGAGAGCAGCAUAGAUGGACAGCCCAAAAAGGUUCGGAAGGUGCCUCCUGGACUCCCCUCCUCGGUGUAUCCAUCCAACUCAGGUGAUGACUACAGCAGGGAUCCAGCUGGAUAUACUCCCUCAAAACCUCCCAGCACUGUGUAUCCUGGAGCCUUUUACAUGACAGAUGGACUCCAUAACUCUGCAGACCUGUGGAGUUCCCCGGGUGCCAUGAGCCAGUCGAGUUACGGUGCCAUGCUGGGCAGCUCCUCGUCCCCGCUCCCGCAGUCCAGCGGCUUCAACAGUUUACACCAGCACGAGCGCAUGAACUACCAGCUGCAUUCAGGCGAGGUGAAUGGCGGGCUGCCCUCCGUGCCCGGCUUCUCCUCGGCGCCCGCGGCGUACGGAGUGUCCAGUCACACGCCCCCGAUCAGCGGCACCGACACCAUCAUGGGUAACAGAGGAACCACGGCCGGGAGCUCCGGGGACGCGCUUGGGAAGGCUCUGGCCUCGAUUUACUCCCCCGACCACUCUAGCAAUAACUUCUCCUCCAACCCCUCCACCCCGGUCGGGUCCCCGCAGGGCCUCGCAGGCUCGUCGCAGUGGCCGCGGGCGGGCGGAGCGGGUGCCUUAUCUCCCAGUUACGAAGGGAGCCUCCACACUUUGCAAAACAAAAUGGAAGACAGGUUGGAUGAAGCCAUCCACGUGCUGAGGAACCACGCCGUGGGCCAGACCUCUGCCAUGGCCAGCAACCACGGCGACAUGCACGGGCUGCUGGGCUCAGCACCAGCACACAGUGCUGCCGUGGGCAGCCUGGGCCAGGCCUUCCCUGCCUCAGUCAUGGCCCUGGGGAGCCGGCACCCAAGCCUGGUGGGAGGAGGCCACCCUGAGGAUGGGCUGUCCAGCACCCCCAGCUUGCUCCACAACCACGUCACACUUGCAUCGCAGGCCAGCUCGCUGCCGGAGCUCAGCAGGCAGCAGGACACGUACAGUGGUUUGUCCGGGGGGCUGGGCCGGAGCAGCGUCUCCUCAGGAACGAGCGAGAUAAAGAGGGAGGAGAAGGAGGAUGAGGAGAACACGUCGGUGGCAGAUAACUCAGAAGAGGAGAAGAAGGAGCUGAAACCCUCCCGGACCAGAACAAGGUGCUCUUUGAACAGCAGUACAGACGAGGCCUUGUCACUGGAGGACAAAGAUCUGAGGGACCGGGAGAGGCGCAUGGCCAAUAACGCCAGGGAGAGGGUGCGAGUGCGGGACAUUAACGAGGCCUUUAAAGAGCUGGGACGAAUGUGCCAGAUGCACUUAAAAACGGACAAAGCACAGACCAAACUGAUCAUCCUGCAGCAGGCCGUGCAGGUCAUUCUGGGCCUGGAGCAGCAAGUACGAGAGCGCAAUCUGAACCCAAAAGCCGCCUGCUUGAAGCGCCGGGAAGAGGAGAAAGUGUCCGGAGUGGUAGGAGACCCCCAGAUGACACUGUCAGCUUCCCAUCCUGGUCUAGGAGACGGUCACAACCCUGUUGGACACAUGUAAAGAUCAUUUUGUUCCUCUGAAUACGGAGGUGUGUAGGAAGAAAACCCUCGGUGUGACCUGCAGCCCUGUUGACCCAUGAACUGUAGUACUGCUCAUACUGACACACGCAGCCGGAUCCUGGCGUGACGUAAGGAGUGGAAAAAACACUUUGUCAGAAACAAAACGGAAACAAAAAAUUGCCUUAAGUAUAAAGUGCAGAACAGUCAAUACAUAUCACUCAGUUAGGAGGGGGUGGCGUGUUCUCUUGGCUUGUUCACAAGCAGCCAGCAGCAAAAUUGUGCCUAAGCUUGAUAUUUCUUUUUUAAAAAAAAAGAACAUUAGUUAUGAGAUUUUUUAUGUAGAACAAAUAGCAAUGCCUUUUGGUUUUUUUAGCUUCUUUUGCAUAUGUUUUGUAAGCAACGAAAAAAAUUUUUUUUUUGUAUAAAAACAUGUCUUGUACCCUCCGCUUUUCUGCUGCUGUUUCUAUAGUUAACGUUGCAUCUUUAGGAUCAACCAGAAUAUUAAAAUUGUAUUAAGAGAGACUGGAUAUAAAGAGAGGAAUUCUCAGAUUCGGCUCGGAAAGCCACUAAAAGCGAAUGUAGCCACAGUGAGGGAAUGUUCUUCCUUGCCUGGCUUGUACCUUCCAUGACAACAAACAAACUGUUGUGCUGAAUUCACCAUCUCUUUUCUUCGGCCACUUCUGAUUUGGGAAAAGGAAGUUCAACAGCACGAGUGGCAGCAGUGCUCCCUCCCCGGGCAGUGACUGAGGGCCGGGGUCGCUUUGUUCCUGGGAUGCCCCCGGGGCAGACAGAGGAUGUGACCGCGGCUGUUCCAGUGUCACCGUCACCGUGGGGAGGAGAACCAAGGGACUGAGGCACUGCCAGGUGAGCAGAGCAGCGACGGAUGCACAGGGAGGCGCCUGUUCCACGGGCCAGAGCUGCCAGAGGCACUUCCAGGAGCAGCACUGAACAAAGACCGAGUGAACAAAGCUGCAGCGCUGGGAAGAGGCAGAGGCAGCCAGAGCAGCAGUGGGACACAGGGCCAGCAGCAGCAGCAGCAGCAGAGGGUGCUGCAGGCAGGGAAGGAGCAGAGACCCGGCCUGAGCAGCUGCAGGAUCCCUUCUGGCACUGGAGCCAUCAGAAAUGCAAAGUGCUGGCUCGGGAGGAGGGGUGGCCUCACACCCCGCUGUCACCUGCUGUCACAUCUCCCCGGCAUCCCUGGAGGCAGCCUGAGCUCAGCCCUGCCACGGGCUGGGAGUGGCCACCUCACCUGCACUCGAGAAGGAGGGACAGCAGGAGCUCCUGUCCCUGUGCUCCAGCAGCCAGGCUGGGCCAGCUGUCCCUUCACUCCAAGGGAUUCCCAGUCACUCCAGACCACUCUGGUGUCCCCAGCAGGAGGAGGAUCCCUGGCAGCCCCUCUGGGUGCCCUGGAGGUGUGGAGCAAACAAAGAGGUGCUGGAAAAACAUCCACCAGGAAUUUACUCUUGUUUCUUCCCUCUCCUUCCCCUUGUGAAACGUUUUGUGCCUGGUUCUUCCCAGCUCUGCAGGGCCCAGUCAGGCAGACAUGGCUGCUGUUCUGGGGGAUGUGGGGAGCUCCCCUCUCCCCUGCAGGCUCCAUCUCUCCCUGUGCUGCUCCAGCCUGGGCUCCUGGGGAAGCUGUGUUGCUUUGGCACGGGGAAAGGAGGGACUGGCACACAGGAUUAGCUCCUGUGGCACUUCCCAGGAACCCCAGGCUCUUGGCACAAUCUGGUGCUCCUCCAGGUGCUUUGUGCUCUGGCAGGCCCUGCUGGAGGUGCUCAGGGCAGUGCAGGGCUGUGGCCUCAGCCCUGUGGCAGCUCCAACUGUGCCACUCCAAGUGCCAGGGCAGGAUGGGGCUGUCCCUCUGCCCCUGGCCCUGCCCCACCAUCCAGCCAUCCCUCUGAAGCUUUUGGGUGCUCCCACCAUUCCUGUGCAUGGUGAGACCUCAGCAGCCCCAGCUCUGUCCCUGGGAAGGGCAGGAAGCUCAGUGGUUCCAUAACCCAGGUGCUUCUAGGCUGAUUUCAGCCUAAUCAGCUCCACAGGUUACAGCACCUCCCUCCUGGGGCUCUUCUGGGUGCUGCAGCAGUGGGCAGGGACAUGGAUGAGGUUUUCCUCCCUGUGUGACAGCCCUGACUCCCAUUCAUGCUCUGGAGUGCAAACUGGAGGGCUCAGCAGCUGCUUUGUUUCAUCCAUGAAUUCCUGCUCCACUGGUGAGAGUGCUGGGGCUGCAGAGUACCCACAGCUCAGGGGUCUUGGCUGGCUCAGUGCCCCUGUCCCACGGCCAGGACAGAUGGAGCAGUGUCCCAGCCCUGGAAAGCUUGAAACCCUACAAAAAAUUUUAAAAUGGUUCACAAAGCCUUUGAUUUUGCCCCAAGAAUUGGAGGUGGCAGUAAUGGACGACUGGACUUAAAGGGACUAGUCAAGAAAAAUCCAUCAGUUCAACAAAAUUGGAAACCUGAGAAGAUUUAUGAGUUGUUCACAAAUUUGCUGAACUUCUUUAUCCCCUCCGAGGCCUGCAGGCCAAGGAGGAAUCCUGAGGAGCCAGAGCCUUUCUCACUAUCCCUGAAUCCGCAGGCAUUGCAACAAAAAUGGGGCUUUUCAGCUGCAUUUAAUGGUUUAAAAUGUUCCUUUGACAGCAAAUCCAGCCAACAUCCUUCCAUGACAAGGCUUGGGUGAAGAUCCUUGAGCACAAGCCCUCAGAGCCAGGGCUUGGAGAGAUCAUCUCAAAAGCACAAUGUAGGGGGUGGCAGUGCUGCCUCAAUGGCACAGGGUGGCAGCUGUGUGUGCCAGCCCAGUGUGGCCUCAGUGGCAUCUCUGCUUUCAGGUGCUCAGAGAACAAUUGGGAAGAGCAGCAAGGAAAAGUUCUUUUGUCUUGCCAGUGUGAACAUGGUGUCUGUAACCUGCCAGGGAAAGUGGCUUUUCUAAAAACAACCACUGCCAGGUGCUGUACCCAGAAUCCCACCAGCCCAGCCCUGAAAUGUCACCCUGUAGCAAUGAAACUCUUGUCUUUAGAUGUUGUGGUCAGUGAGGGCCAGGUCUGCACCCUCCCCAGCCCACAGCUCUGCUCCAUUCCACUUGGGGUCUUAGAGAUGCCCAGACCUGCUCCUGUGCCUGUCUGUGUGUCCCCACAGCGGUGGUGCUGCCAGGAGAGGUGUCCCAGGGGGUGACAUGCUCUAUGGUGCCAUUCAUUCCAUUUCCUCCUUCCUCUCUCGGCCUUUGCUUGCAUGGCUGAUCCUGGGGCCACGUGCCCUCCUCUUUUGGGGCCACUGAGCCCCCCCAAGCUUCCUUCAUCACAUGGGGGGCUGCCUUCCCUUGUGUGCAGCUUCUGGUUCCUCUUUGCCCAGGCUGCCUCAGGGAAGCAGCAGAACUGGGGCACUGCCAUGGGACAUUUCCUGUGUCCCCAGCCCAGGGGCCUCCAUUGCCCCGCUCAGCCAGCCCCUGCCUCCCUGCACACGAGCUGUGCAUGCCACAGCACUGGGGAGCGUCUGAAAUCCAGUCUGUGAACAGCAAAAUUGCAGAUUGUUUUUUUCUCCCUUUUCACAUGCUUUUUCCCCAGAGCAAAGCAGCUGCAGCUUCCCAUGGGUUGGUGCUCAGGCAGUGGUGGCUGCUCACAGCCCAGGGAGCAGAAUUCCAGCUGUGUGGCACUCACCCCUGCCCUGACCCCUCAGAUCCCCUCACAGCCCCAGGGGGCUCUCUGCUCCCCUGCUUCCACAGCUACCCCAGAGCUGGGCUGCAGGAAGGAUGGACUCAAGCUGUAAUUCCAGAGUCAGGGCAGAAACUGCUCCCCAAGGUCCUUUGUAUGUCACCAGUGUCCCCACUGAAGCCAGCAGAGCUUUGGGCCCUUGCUGGGUGGUUCCAGUUGUGGGGGCUCAAAAAACAGGAGGCUUUGGAAACCCCCAAUCCCCUGCACCCCUCGAGCUUUGCUGCCAACUUUGUGGCCAGUGGAACCUGAGUUCUUCUUGCAGGCCCUGCUGUGCUGUGGUGGGGAGCCUGGCCCAGCUCCAGGUCCACCCCUGGGCUCUGGGAGGUGAAGCAAAGCUGGGCCAGAAGAGCCUCCAGCCCCCACGUGCAGUGCUGGCUAACCCAGAGCAAGCCCUGCCCACUGGACUCCCCCAUUCCUGCCCAACACCAGCAAUAGCAAGGCCUGAUUUCUGUACCCUGAGCUUGCACAAGGUCUUUGCCCUGUUAAAAAUCCUAUGCAAAUCUUAUCCCUCUCUCCUCUCCUGGGGCUCUGCAGAUCCCAGCCCAGCCCAUUCUCUUUGCUCUGGUCCGUGAUUCCUGCUCCCUGCUGCCCUCAGGGUCCAGCUUCAUUCCUGGCAGCUCCAAAAUUUUGACACCUGUGCUCUGGAGCUGGGAGGGGGCAGAUGAGACUGUGGGAGCACCCAGCUCAUACUGAGCACUGAGCUGGAGAGGACAGGGCCUGGUCCUGGGGCUCCUCCACACACCCUUCAUCCUCCUGUGCCUUCUGCUCCAUGCUGGUGGGGCUCUGCCAGCGUCCCUCAUCCCCAGCCUCCUGACAGGAGAAGCUCUGUUCCACCUUGCUGCUGCCCAGACUGCCCUGUCCCAACCCCUGAGCCUCAGCCUGGGCUGGGGCUGCUCUUCCUUCAGCCUGCAGGGGCAUUUCCCUUCCUCCCAUGCCCCCCAAUCUCUCCAGCCAGCAUCUCUGAGCUGUUUCCCUUUGCAAAGGAGCAGCCCAUGCCAGCACUGAGGUGGGUGCUGCCAGUGUCCCACAGCACAACUGCCUCUCCCUGCCCUUGGGGUGCUCUGUACUUUGAUUUCCAGGACAAUUCAGCCCUUUUGGGGAGCCAGCACUGCUGUGCCUUGGCCUGCAGGACUCCCAGGGGGAGGGGGGCUCUGUUUAAGAGGGUGGUGCAGGCUCCUCGUGACCUUCUGCCAAACCUUUUGUGUCCACCUGCAGCCCAUCUCCGGGCCAAGGACACUCCUGUCGUGGUGUCCACAUUGGUGUCUGUGUUCCCCUGGCUUUGUACCCCUCCUGCUGCUCAGGGCUCCCCAUUCCCACCCUGGCCCUGCCAAGCCCAUGCUGUGCUGGAGGGCGAGGCUGUAACACUCACCUGAGACAUCUGAGCUCAGCAGGGCUGCAGCACCAGUCCCGGAGAACAAAGGGGUUUCUGCUUCCAAAGGGGUGUCCUGGUACUGAGGCCUUUGGCCAGAAGCACCCCUGGGCUGUGCCCUGCACCCCUGGGUGGUGCCCUGCAUCCCUGGGCUGUGCUCUCCAUGCCUGGGCUGUGCUCUCCAUCCCUGGGCUGUGCCCUGCAUCCCUGGGCUGUGCUCUCCAUCCCUGGGCUGUGCUCUGCACCCCUGGGCUGUGCUCUGCACCCCUGGGCUGUGCCCUGCACCCCUGGGCUGUGCCUGCACCCCUGGGUGGUGCCCUGCACCCCUGGGCUGUGCCCUGCACCCCUGGGUGGUGCCCUGCAUCCCUGGGCUGUGCUCUCCAUCCCUGGGCUGUGCUCUGCACCCCUGGGUUGUGCCCUGCACCCCUGGGUGGUGCCCUGCACUCCUGGGUGGUGCCCUGCACCCCUGGGCUGUGCUCUCCAUCCCUGGGUUGUGCCCUGCACCCCUGGGCUGUGCCUGCACCCCUGGGUUGUACCCAGGGAGCCGUGGAGCCCCUGGAGGCAGCGAGCUGGGGACACCACAGUCCCCCUUGCCAGGGCCACGUCUUCCCAAGCCACCAGAACCAGCAGCUUUGAGCAAACCUUGUACCACGGAGCCACUGGGCAGGAAGGAGCUGUGGGAGCCCCGCAGCCGCCACUGCUCUGUGCCAGCAGAGGGGACAGAGGCAGGACAGGGAGGGUCCCAGCUGGGAAUGACCUGUUGGCUGCAGAGGGCUCCAGCUCUCCGGGGAAACAAAGCAUUCCUGGGAUGUUCUUUAUAUUUUUGUAGGAAUGGGGGGUGGGAGAGCAGAUGGGAGAUGCCUGCGGAAGUUGUUUAUUUUUAACCCUGUAGAAAGUUAUGGGUUGUUUUUGGUUUUUUGGCCUUUAAAAUAAAAAAUGGUCCUUGCUUUUGAUGUUUAUGCUGCCUACCUGUAAAUCCAGAUGUACUUAAGUGGCUGAAAUCCUUGUUCUUAAAUCAGAUACACAUUAUAGUUUUGAACUAUAUAUAUAGUAAAUAUAUAUAUAUAUAUGCCUAACCCAGCAAAAAAAAAAAUAAAAAAAAUAAAGUAUUUGGGGGUGGGAAAUGCGUUGCUCUUUGAAAUGAAUCACAAUUGGGGGAUGAAAUUGUGUUUCUGAGUGCCUCAAGAUAUGAAUUGUUUUCAUUUUUUUAAAUAAUUUUAUACAAGUGUCAAAACAGCUGGCUGGAUUAUUUGGAAUUUUUAAAUAAUCCUAACUUUUUUAAAGUAGAUUUUGAGAACUGUCCUGUAUAUAACAGUAAUGUAGCAAUAAAUGUGACAUUUUAUAACAAUA